CCAGCGGUGCGCGCUCGUCUCUCGUCGGGGAGGCUUCUGGUUGGGAAGUUUCUGUAAAGUGAGUCAACGCGGCGCGCUCCACCCCGCCCCCCCCCUCCCCACCAGAGACACACGUAAACACUCACACACACGCACACGCGCCGACCCAGCCCCGCCGCCUACCGGACCCAAUGCCGGGCGACAACUACACUUCGACCUCUUCGUCGCGGCCACCGCGGAUCUAAGUUUUGUUCCCGCCGGGGCUCGCCGGGGCUCGCCGGGGAUGGUUCGCGUCGCCCUGACGCGGCAUUUUCCUCGCUGGGAUUAACGCAGCGGAGGUGAAAAAUGAAAGUGACGGUGUGUUUCGGGAGGACCCGGGUGGUCGUCCCGUGCGGGGAUGGGAAUAUACAAGUCCACAACCUCAUCGACCAGGCGGCCAUGAGGUACAAGAAGGCGAUCGCAAAGGACCCCAGCUACUGGGUCCAAGUCCACAGGUUGGAACAUGGAGAUGGAGGCAUUUUGGACCUGGAUGACAUGCUGUGCGACGUGGUGGACGACAAAGAUAGGCUGGUUGCAGUAUAUGAAGAGCAGGAUCCUCACAAUGGGGGCGACGGUACCAGUGCCAGCUCCACCGGUACGCAGAGUCCAGAACCCUUCGCCACUGAAAUGAGUUCAGCAUUGGCCCCUCAGCCCCGCCAGCCCAACAGUGAGAUCGUGGUCACCCCGUCCGCUCUGCGAUCCAACAUGCCUCUCCACGUCCGACGCAGUAGUGAUCCCUCCCUGGCCGGCCUUCCUCCGGGCGAAGUCCUGGUCACUCCAGAGGAACCGUCCAGAAAGAACCCGAUGCGCUGGUCUACAACUGUUGGCCUCCAAAAGCACAAAUCCAAACCAAACACAAGCACCGGCAGCCUGGAACGGAAGGGGAGAGGACCCCAUGCCUAUCGCAGUCUUCCUCGUGACACCAAUGGCUGGACCUCUCAGUUCCAGAGAGAAUUGACUCGAUCGUCCUUGAGCGCCAAUCACCCAAUGGUGGACCAAUGGUUGGACCGACAGGAACAGGAGGAUGAGGAAGAAGAGCGAAGGAGACAUGAAAGGAGGAUUGAAAGGAUAGAGCCCGUAGGGAGGGCUGAUUCUUCAUUGGAACAUUCGCCCGCGUUCAGUUUAGAAGGGCUGCUCAAGCCGGUCGAGGUGUCCAACGGAGGAGGGCCCCUGGGGAUCCACGUAUUGCCUCUCAGUUCACAGGAUUCCAGGACCCAGGGCUUGCUCGUCAAGCGUCUGGAGCGCGGGGGGAAGGCCGAGCAGGAGCGCCUCUUCCAGGAGAACGACUGUAUCGUCUUAAUCAACCGGGAAGACAUUCGCCACCUGCGCUUCGAACAGGCGCAGAGCAUUUUCAAGAAGGCGAUGCGUGGCUCGGUCAUCCUCUUCCAUGUGGUCCCUGCAGCCCGGAAGAGGCAGUACGAGCUGCUGACGGCCCAGACCGAGCUCAGCCCGCCCCAGCAAAACAGAGUCCGCUUCAGCCAAGCCUCCAUGCAGUCGGGGGAUCGCUCCAGCCUAGUGGGGGGGGCGAUGCCCAGAUCUGGACCAACACCGGGCCUCAACCACAACUACCAGGGACCCCUGGCAGGAAGCACCCCCGAUCAGAGCCGACGGUACGCCACCUCACCCCACCACUUGGUCGCCCGGACCUCUUCAUCCACCUCCCCCUCCCUGCAGCGCAGGAUAAGCACAAACCAGACCACCAGCUCCUACUCGAAGAACAAAGGACGCAGAUUUAACAUCCAGCUGAAGAAAGGUCAAGAGGGUCUCGGGUUCAGCAUCACAUCCCGGGACGUACCUAUUGGUGGCAGUGCUCCUAUUUAUGUCAAAAACAUCCUCCCUCGAGGGGCCGCCAUCCAAGAUGGCCGAUUGAAAGCGGGGGACCGGCUGCUGGAGGUCAGUGGAGUGGACCUGAAUGGUCAAAGCCAGGAGGAGGUGGUGGCCCUGCUCCGAGCCACGCCCAUGGGUGGGACUGUGGACCUGUUGGUGAUCCGCUCCGAGGACUCACUGCUGCCCCGAGAAGUGCAUUCAGAAGAGGACGACAUGGUGUUGACCCCGGACGGCACACAAGAGUUCAUGACCUUUGAAAUCCCUCUGAGUGACUCUGGCUCGGCGGGCCUAGGGGUCAGCGUCAAGGGGAACCGCUCCAAGGAGAACCACGCCGACUUGGGCAUCUUUGUUAAAUCCAUUAUAAAUGGAGGUGCUGCUAGCAAGGAUGGACGUCUACGGGUCAACGACCAGCUCAUCGCAGUCAACGGGGAGUCGCUGCACGGGAUGACCAACCAGGACGCCAUGGAAACGCUGCGCACGUCCAUGUCCGUGGAGGGAAACAAGCGGGGGAUGAUUCAGCUCAUCGUGGCCCGGCACGUGUCUAAAAACAACGAGGAGGCCCCUGCAAGCCCUCCAGUUCUAGAGCAUCUCCGGAACUCUCUACUGGACAACCACGAGCGACACAUCUCCAACCCCGUUUAUCAAAUCAUAGAAGGCCUGGACACCAACCCCACGCCGCUGGCUAAUAUGAUCGGACGCAUGGGUAACCACCAGCUUUCCCCCACGGUGAACAUGCCUCAGGACGACGUAGUGAUGAUCGAAGACGAUACGCCGCCGCUGCUCCCUGCCCGACUCUCCGAUCAAUCGUCUUCCAGUUCCCACGAUGACAUGGGCUUCCUGGGCGAGGAGCCGGUGUCCUGGAUCCACGACUUGCCCAGUCAGGAUGAAUGCUCGCUCAGUCCAGACGCCAACCCUGACGGUUCGUUCCAGAGGGAGGGCUUCGCCCGUCAGAGCAUGUCUGAAAAACGCACCAAACAAUAUGAAAAUGCCGCUGAGCUGGAGAUCAUCAAGACGCGCAAGUCCAAGAGCAUGGAUCUGGGUGUCGCGGAACAAGUCCUCGGACCCUCGCUGGGCCUGAAAAAGUCCAGCUCCCUUGAAAGCCUCCAGACGGCCAUUGCCGAGGUGACGCUGAACAGCGAGAUCAACGUGAAGAGGGCGCGCUCGCGGAUCGCCAGGGGCCGCGGCUGCAAUGAGAGCUUCAGGGCUGCAAUCGACAAAUCAUACGAGAAACCUGUCGCCAGAGCGCCACAAGACGACAACAGCACUGAGAUAUUGGACGAGGAAACCGAGGAAAGCUCCAGAUCAGGUCGUGAAUCGAUGUCCGCCAGCGGCGAGCUGACAGCGGUACCCGGGUUAAAUGGCAACCCCUCCAAAGACGACAGGCACAGAGACUGGGACAAAGUCGGGGGGAAAGAGAAGAAGAAAACCGAGAGGAACAAAGAGAGGGAGAUGGACAAGAGCAAAGCCAAGAAAGGCGUGCUGAAGGGCCUGGGAGAGAUGUUCAGGUUUGGAAAGCACGGAAAGGAUGAGCGGCCAGGAGAGGGGAGUGAGAGGAAGGGCUCCAGUAAAUCUAGAGCUGAGGACAUGCAGGCGUCCGAGGAGGAGGCCAUUGGGAUGAGGCUGGAACAAGAGAGAAUACAUGCCAAGAUGCAGGAGUUUCGGGAGAAGCGAAAGGAGCGGGAAUACGCUGAGAUCCAAGACAUUGUCAGCGGGGCCUUCAGCUCAGAUGAGGAGCACACCUACGCCGGCAUUGGAUCAUUAGACUCCUCGGUGGAUAGCAGCAGCUUGGAGCCCUACAGCCCCCACUACCAUCUCCCCGAGAGUCUCCAGAGUCUUCCCCUUCCUUCGAGUCUACAGGAAAAGGGUCCCCCCCUGGAGGCCCUGUAUGCUCGAGUCAACAAGCCACGCAACGGACACCCUGCAGCUCCAGACAGCAGUCACAUGGCUCCCAGUAACCACGACCGGAUACAAGUACUGAGGAGCGAGUUCCAGCAGGCCAGGCAAGAGGAUGACGUAGGGGACCACGGGCGCACCCAGGUCCUCAACCAGUCCCGGGUGAGCAAUGGGAUGGAGUUGCCAAGCGGACGCCAUUCGGUGUCAGUUGAGACUCAGGCCCAAAAGCAGCAGCAAGAGGACACAGAUGGUUUACAACAAGCACAGAGACAGUACAACUCCCUGCCACGGCAACCUCGAAAGAAUCCCAGCAUAACAUCCCAGGACUCGUGGGACAAGGGAUAUAUGCCAGCGGAGGGAUUCCAGAUAUCCAGUGAGAACCCCCGCUACUCUGUCAGCCAUGGAUCACGCAACGGCUACCUGGCGACGUCCAGCUACAACGCGCGCGUCCUCUUGGAGACCCAGGAGCUGCUGAGGCAGGACCAGAAACGCCGAGAGCACGAGGCCAACAAGACCAGGCCGUCUCCUGGGCAGGAAGCCCCCAGCGGGGGGCCUACGUCCGAAUAUGCCGGGAACCACGCUCAGGCCCCAAGUUAUGCCCCGUUAAAGGCCGCACCUCAGUCCAAGGGCCCAUACAGACAGGACGUGCCCCCAUCGCCCUCUCAGCUCGCCAAGCUCAGCCGGCUCCACGGAUCAGAGAAACGGAGGCUUUUUUACUCCUGAUACCAGGACGAGACUUUUGUGAGAUUUGGACCGAUUCUAUAGACCAUUAACAGGGGAAUACAAAGAGGGAUAUAAGUCAUUAUGAGAUGCUGAGAUUCAAAGAUUUUUAUGGACAGAAUAUGUUAAUAUGUAAAACAAAAAAAAGAUAUUUUUUUUAUAUAAACCAUGAUGCUUUUUAUUAAAAAAUAAAUGAUUUUGAGAUGUUCUAAAUUGUGAUAAGCUUCGUGUAAAAGUGCCUUCUGGUCCGUUGAUGGCUCUUAGUCAGCAUCAACCCCCUUUGCUUUUUAUUCCCUUAGCUUUCAGCCGUCCAUGUGAUACAUUGACAGGGGCCAGUCGUCAAACACACCGGCAGGGAUCAGUCGGUACAGCGCUAAUGUGGAUGAGGCUUGUUUUUUAGUUUUUUUGCGUUUUGGGCAUGACUCCCCCCUCCUCUCUCUCGAUGACCCCUUUGGUUUCAGAUCCUAACCCUCAGCUUGUAUCCUCCCUCCCCCCCACACACACCCCUCCACCCCACCGCUGGUAUUCCAGAUGAUAAUCCUGAAUUCUCUCUUCUGUUGCUGAUUUAUUCAUUUCACACUGUCACCCUCACCACACGGCGAUGGCGAAGGAGGAAAACAGCUUGAGAUCUCCUUCAUCCCUGCUCUGUCCCGCCCACACCGGGAAUCCAGCAGUGUAAAUGGGGUCAGGUCUGGGUUAUUAAUGAGUGGACCUCAUUAAAAAUGAACGGGCGCCUUUGUGUGUGUCUGUUGUCGUGUGUGGUGAUAAAAGAAGCAGCGGCGACCUUGCCGGCGUUCCUCUGGCCCCGUCCUCGCCAAGAAUGAUUUGGCUGUAACCGAAGCCCGCUGGCCUCGAGGUGUCUGAGUUGUUCUCUGAAUAUUUCAUCAGUGUGGUUUCAUAGGAAACCACAUCAUCUCAGUUAGGACCACCUAUCCACCGGGCCCAUACCAUGGGGCUGAUUUUCUUUUCCUUUCUGAAUCAUUUCCUUUGGUAGGAACCUGCUGGAAAGUCUGUUUGUCGUUCAGUCAACAAUCACUGGAGCAUUUUCACUGUUUGUGUGUGAGAGUGUACAUAUAUGUGUAUGUACAGUAUGUUAGGGGAUGAUAUUAUCAUUCAAUAUGGGACUGCAGUGCUGCAUGCAAUAAUCUUUUACCCGCCACUAUUUCCAGAGGCCUGGGGGCACAACUAUGACCUGAAUCCAGGUUCAGAUAAAGUUCCUUUUCUAUCCCGCAUACAGUGGUUAGUAGGUUAAGAGUAGGAUCUGUAGAAUUAUCGCCGUUCAGGGGGCUUUGGGCCUCACAAGUACAUAAAAGAACAUGUUCCCGCACAUAAAAGGGAGUGUGAAAUACGGUACAGUAUGUUUAUUCGUCUAGAAAUGUUCCUGUGUGUCUGUGUGUAGGUGGACAUGUGUUUAAGUGUCUGUAAUCGCUGCCAGUAACCGGAUGCUCCAAUAUGUCUAUGAAUAUGUCUUGGCAGCCAUAUGAACCACUUGGCGGAUGAGUGGGAGAAAAGCAGAGGAGUAGGAGGCAGAGAAGAUGGGAUGCCUGACCUUGUAGAUGAUUCAGUCAAUGAAGUAAUCAAAACUAUUCCUCUGAGUCUGCAGUACAAACAUGAGAUUACCAACGAGGCUGUACUAACUUUGGCUGUCUCUUCUUCUUCUCUUAAUGUGUCUCCCUCAUCUGUCGCUUUCAAAUGUUUGUUUAUUGAUCAGAAUCUGACUGGGUUGUGUAUUUGUGCUUAAGGCGGGGUCCAACUCUGACACAGAAAUUGUUUUAACAGAUGUUUCCAUGUUUUAGUCCCCAUCAUGAGCUGAGGAGGGGUUCAAGUGCUUGCAAUAUCUAACACAUUUGUUUCUUAUCGUAUGUAUAUUAGAUAAUAUCCCAUAAUGCAUGUUUAUUAUUUCCUUUGUGUAAUAGUUGUUUGUGCAGCACCUCUGUGACACAUGGAGUCUUCCCAUAAAGCUACUAUUUGGGGUUUUCUUUUCUUUUUUUUGAUCCUGGGAGAAAUGAGAAAAUAUAUUGCUUUUGUUCAAUUGUGUUUUUAUGACCAUUCCUCAUUGUAUUUUAUUGUCACAAUAUGGUACCAUGGGUGGUACAAAUUACCUGUAUGUAAGAGCAGUGCAAUUUUCCUUCUUACAACAGUGUAUCAUUAAGAACCGCAUCUGCCAUUAUCUGUACAUACGAUAAAUUGAGGGUGGAUUCAAAGUCUUGUAAAAAAUUCCUUUGCUAAUGAUCUCUCUGCUUUUGACACACCAGUGAAAUAAGAUGCAUAAAGGAAAUAAAUGAUUUUUUCAAUUUC